AGCUCCCGGCAAACCAGAAGUUUGUCGUUUCAGAACUACACAGAUCCUCGACCAAAGCAGGCGCUUUUCUGUCGUUACCGGCUGUUUGUAUUGAUAUUAAUGUCCAUACUUUGAAGGAGUCCCGUGCACUUGCAAGGAAAUAAUCACUUUAUAUUUAGAGUUUGUUUUUUUCGUCUGAUUAAUUAACUUCAUUGACAAUAGUGCUGGAUUUGUCAAGAGAAUUUACACUGGGAGUACGCUGAUGGAUUGGAAUAAAAUAAUGUUUUGCUCUAUGAAGAAUUUGCCAAUUGCACAUUGGAAGUAGAGGCGAUGCUUAUGGGAGCUAAUUCCGCAACUAUAAGGGUCCCGUUGCCAGUCGCGCUAUCAUGACUGAUGGCGAGGGAAGAGAGCACUUUCACUGCCCGGAGAACGAGGAGGUGAGGGUACCGAUUUCGGGAGCGGGCGAGGACCCGGGUGAUGAGGAUGAGGGAGGUAGCACCGUAAACCCAACUCAGGGGAGUACUGGAUCACGGGACUCCAGUGGUCGUGAUCCAGCUCCAGACCUGGCCUCAGAUGACGAGGAAGAGCCCCCUUACCCAGCUCUUGCGCCCGUGGUCUUUUUCUGCCUCAAGCAGUCAACUCGACCUCGUAACUGGUGUCUCAGGCUGGUUUGUAACCCUUGGUUCGAGCAUGUGAGCAUGCUGGUCAUUCUCCUGAACUGUGUGACCCUGGGCAUGUUCCAGCCUUGUGAAGACGUCAAGUGCCAGUCUGACUGGUGCAUCAUCCUGCAGGCAUUUGAUGACUUCAUUUUCGCCUUCUUCGCUGUGGAGAUGGUUAUCAAGAUGAUAGCUCUGGGGAUUUUCGGGCAGAAGUGUUACCUUGGUGACACGUGGAACCGUCUGGACUUCUUCAUAGUCAUGGCAGGGAUGAUGGAAUACUCGCUGGACGGCCACAACGUCAGCCUCUCCGCCAUCCGCACUGUGCGCGUGCUCAGGCCCCUCCGCGCCAUCAACAGAGUGCCCAGUAUGAGGAUACUGGUGACUCUGCUACUGGAUACUCUGCCUAUGUUAGGCAAUGUCCUGCUCCUGUGUUUUUUUGUCUUCUUUAUAUUUGGAAUCGUUGGAGUCCAGCUCUGGGCGGGUCUUCUGAGGAACAGGUGUUUCCUGGAGGACAAUUUCAAAACUAUGUACAACCUGUCCUUCCUGAAUCCUUACUACAAGCACGAAGAGGCGGAGGACAACCCCUUCAUCUGCUCCACCAACCGGGACAACGGCAUGCUGCGCUGCGGCAACGUUCCCCGGCUGAGAGUGAGCGGAGCCGAGUGCCAGCUCAGCGCGGAGCACUUCAGCCACGCCCACUACGGCUUAGAAGGGCCCAGCAAGAACGGCUGCAUCAACUGGAACCAAUAUUAUAAUGUAUGCAAGGCCGGGGAACUCAACCCGCACAAAGGGGCUAUUAAUUUCGAUAAUAUCGGCUACGCUUGGAUUGCUAUUUUCCAGGUGAUCACUCUGGAAGGAUGGGUGGAUAUUAUGUAUUAUGUCAUGGAUGCACAUUCCUUUUACAAUUUUAUAUAUUUUAUAUUUCUCAUUAUAGUGGGCUCCUUCUUCAUGAUCAAUCUGUGCCUGGUUGUGAUUGCGACGCAGUUCUCUGAGACCAAGCAGCGGGAGAACCAGCUGAUGCAGGAGCAGCGAGCGCGCUACCUCUCCAAUGACAGCACACUGGCCAGCUUCUCGGAGCCGGGCAGCUGCUACGAGGAGCUGCUGAAGUACAUCAGCCACCUGUACCGCAAGGUGAAGCGCCGGGUGUCACGCAUCUACAGCACCUGGCAGAACAAGCGCAGGAAGAAGGUCAACCCCAAUGGCAAUGGCGGCGGCGGCGGGAGUGGGGGCAGCGGCGGCAGCAUGAAUGGACACGGCCGACGGUGGAGCACCAGGCGGAUCCACCACCUCAUCCACCACCACCACCAUCACCACCACCACUACCACAUCAGCAAUGGCAGUCCCUGCUCUGGGCCAGGGCCUUCGGGGAUCUGCGACUCGCUGGAGAUGAAGACCAUGAAGCCUGGGGCCCAGCUCUUGCUGACUUCCCCCCUGCCGAGCCCAUCGCGUGGGACUAAGUCAGUUCACAGUGUCUAUCAUGCCGACUGCCGCUGUCAGGGCCCCCAGGUCCGCCACAAGUCUUCCAGCAUGUCGGGGGGCCUGCGGGUGCUGGGCGGGCUCAAUGGCGGUAUGAACUACCCCACCAUCAUGCCCUCUGUUGUUUGUAGCCGUGCUAGCACCACCAGGGGAAAGGGCAAGCGGGCAAACGCCCACGCCCACAAACUGAAUCGAGCCUCAGCGGGCUUCAGUAUCCCAGACCCCUACAGCAAACUGCACCAAUUUGUGGGGGAGCACGGACUGUGUCCAGGUUCCAGCCGUCUCUCUGGCGUAAGCCUGCCCUUCCCAAUGGCAGGAAUGGUGCCCAGCAGCCUGUCCUGUGAGCUGAUGAGCUGCCCCUACUGCGUCAGGGCGCUGGAGAACCCCGACCUGGAGCUGAGCGACUCGGACAGUGCCGGCUCAGAGGCCGACGGCGUGUACGAGUUCCCCCGGGACCUGCGGCAUGGCGCUGAGGGCAAGGCCAGCCAAUCAAGGCGCCACAGGAGACUCAAAGAGAAGAAUCGCGUGGUCCAGUGCUGGGAGAACUUCAGAGACAAACUGAAACGGAUAGUGGACAGCAAAUACUUCAACCGUGGAAUUAUGAUUGCCAUUCUGAUCAACACCUUGAGCAUGGGCAUUGAGUACCACGAGCAGCCGGAGGAGCUGACUGAUGUCCUGGAGAUCAGCAACAUCGUCUUCACCAGCAUGUUUGCAUUGGAGAUGCUGCUCAAGAUUCUCGCCUUCGGCCUCUUCGGCUACAUCAAGAACCCCUAUAACAUUUUUGAUGGAAUCAUUGUUGUCAUCAGCGUGUGGGAGAUCAUAGGCCAGUCGGACGGGGGCCUGUCUGUGCUGCGGACGUUCCGCCUCCUGCGGGUGCUGAAGCUGGUGCGCUUCCUGCCGGCCCUCCGGAGGCAGCUGGUGGUCCUGAUGAAGACCAUGGACAACGUGGCCACCUUCUGCAUGCUGCUCAUGCUCUUCAUCUUCAUCUUCAGUAUUUUGGGAAUGCACCUGUUUGGAUGUAAGUUCAGCCUGAGGAUGGAGAAUGGAGACACCAUCCCAGACAGGAAGAACUUUGACUCACUGCUGUGGGCGAUUGUCACAGUCUUCCAGAUCCUAACACAGGAGGACUGGAAUGUGGUUUUGUACAACGGCAUGGCUUCCACCUCCCCUUUGGCUGCACUCUACUUUGUGGCCUUGAUGACUUUUGGAAAUUACGUACUCUUCAACUUGUUGGUGGCUAUUCUGGUAGAGGGCUUUCAAGCAGAGGGGGAUGCAAAUAGGUCGGACUCAGAUGACGAGAGAAUGUCUGCAAAUUUUGAAGAAGAUGAGAAAAUGAGGGAGCCUCACACCUCAGAGCUGAAGAUGCAGACCCUGACGCUCACCCCCAAUGGGCACAUGGACCCGCGGGCCAGCAUGCCCCCGCCCAUCAUCAUGCGCACGGCCGCCACGCCCAUGCCCACGCCCAAAACCUCCCCGUACAUGGACACAGUGCACGCCUACGGCGACUCUCGCCGAGGCAGCAGCGCCUCCAUCGACCCGAACGCCUACGACCAGAGGUCCCUGUCCAGCCUGCGGAGCUCCCCCUGUCAGCCCUGGAGCAGCCGCCGCUCCAGCUGGAACAGCCUCGGCCGGGCCUCCAGCCUGAAGAGGAAGAGCCAGUCCGGGGAGCGGGAGUCCCUUCUGUCGGGCGAGGGCCGGCGCAGCUCCGAGGAGGAGGACUCCGACGGCGGGAGGUCCAGCAAGACGGGCAGUGGGGCCUCCCUGCAGAACCGAGUCGAAUCCUUGGACCUCCCGGAGCUGCUGCAGGUGCCCAUGCUACGCCCCCCGGGGGAGCACCAUGACUGCAAUGGCAAGAGCUUCCGUCUGCCCCCCGACUACCUGCACAAAGAUGACCCCGACUUUGAAGAGGACAUAGAAGAGAGCUACUGUUUCCGAAUCAAGAGGAUGUUGGAGCCCUAUAAGCCUCAGUGGUGCAGGGAUCAUGAGGACUGGUCCCUGUAUCUGUUCUCCCCUCAGAAUGAGUUUCGCAUGACGUGUCAGAAAAUAAUUGCACACAAGAUGUUUGACCAUGUGGUCUUGGUUUUUAUCUUCCUAAACUGCAUCACCAUAGCGCUGGAGAGACCAGAUAUCAUGCCUCACAGCACAGAGCGUGUGUUUCUGAGUGUCUCCAACUACAUUUUCACUGUGAUCUUUGUUGCUGAAAUGACUGUGAAGGUGGUUGCUCUGGGCUUCUGUUAUGGGACCAACAACUACCUACAGAGCAGCUGGAAUAUCCUAGAUGGGAUUCUGGUGUUUGUCUCCAUCGUGGACAUCAUCGUCUCCUUGGCGUCUGCUGGAGGGAACAGGAUACUGGGCAUCCUGAGAGUGCUGCGUCUGCUAAGGACUCUGCGACCCCUGAGGGUAAUCAGCCGUGCACCGGGCCUGAAGCUGGUGGUGGAGACGCUGAUCACGUCCCUCCGGCCCAUCGGCAACAUUGUGCUGAUCUGCUGCGCGUUUUUCAUCGUCUUCGGCAUUCUGGGUGUGCAGCUUUUCAAAGGAAAGUUCUACCACUGUGAGGGAUUCGACACAAGGAACAUCACCAACAAGUCCAACUGCCUGCAAGCCAACUAUCGUUGGAUAAGGAGAAAAUACAACUUUGACAAUCUUGGACAGGCCCUCAUGUCGCUGUUUGUUCUGUCUUCCAAGGACGGCUGGGUUAAUAUAAUGUACGACGGUCUGGACGCUGUGGCUGUGGACCAGCAACCAAUUCGGAACCACAACCCCUGGAUGCUGCUCUACUUCAUCUCCUUCCUGCUGAUCGUCAGCUUCUUUGUGCUCAACAUGUUUGUGGGCGUGGUGGUGGAGAACUUCCACAAGUGCCGGCAGCACCAGGAGGCGGAGGAGGCGCGGAUCAGGGAGGAGAAGCGUCUGAAGCGGCUGGAGAAAAGGCGCAGGAAAGCCCAGCAGCGACCCUACUACGCAGACUACUCCCCUGCCCGCCUCUACAUCCACACACUGUGCACCAACCACUACUUGGACCUCUUCAUCACCUGCAUCAUUGGGAUCAACGUGAUCACUAUGUCCAUGGAGCAUUACAAUCAGCCCAAGUACCUUGAAGAGGCUCUAAAAUACUGCAACUACUUCUUCACAAUUGUCUUCGUCUUUGAGUCUCUGCUCAAGCUCAUCGCUUUUGGCUUUCGAAGAUUCUUCAAAGAGAGAUGGAACCAGCUGGAUCUGGCCAUUGUUCUGCUCUCCAUCAUGGGGAUCACACUGGAGGAAAUCGAGAUCAAUGCCUCUCUCCCCAUAAACCCCACUAUCAUCCGCAUCAUGAGGGUGCUGAGGAUAGCCAGAGUGCUAAAGCUUUUGAAGAUGGCAACGGGCAUGAGAGCUCUGCUGGACACAGUGGUACAAGCCUUGCCACAGGUGGGAAAUCUUGGCCUGCUCUUCAUGCUUCUUUUCUUCAUCUAUGCCGCCCUUGGGGUAGAGCUUUUUGGGAAACUUGAAUGUAAUGAAGACAACCCCUGUGAAGGGCUGAGCAGACAUGCCACAUUUCAGAACUUUGGGAUGGCCUUUCUGACUCUGUUCAGGGUGUCCACAGGAGACAACUGGAAUGGCAUCAUGAAGGACACCCUGCGGGAGUGCAGGAGCGAGGACAAGCACUGCCUGAGCUACCUGCCCCUGAUCUCACCCAUCUACUUCGUCACCUUCGUGCUGAUCGCCCAGUUUGUGCUGGUCAACGUGGUGGUGGCCGUGCUGAUGAAGCACCUGGAGGAGAGCAACAAGGAGGCCAAGGAGGACGCCGAGAUGGACGCCGAGAUCGAGCUGGAGUUAAGCCGGCGCCUCAGCACCACCUCUGGGGGGAUGAACCUGGGCCUUGAGAGCAGGGCCACUUACAUGGGGCCACACCCAGACUCACCUGGACAGAACGAAGCAUUGCUGAGUGCUCAAGACAAUUUGCUGUCCGUGCGGAAAACAUCUGUGUCCAGAAUGCACUCCCUGCCCAAUGACAGCUACAUGUUCCGCCCGGUGAAGCCAGCUAAUUCCCCCUGCCCCCUGCCAGAGGUGGACUCUGAUGAAGGAAACCUGCAUUUAGGAUCUGUUACUUCAGUGAGUUCCCAGCCCUGUGAGGGAGGCUCAUUGCUGCGAGUUCCAGGGGUGUCUUAUCGUGCCAGCCCCGGUUCUGUGUAUGAGAACAGCAGUUUGCCCAAGAUCCCCCCACCUUGUCUUAGCCCUGCCCACAGCAUCAGCAAGCCGCUUCGCAGACAGGAGGCUAUCAAGAAUGACUCCGUUGAUAUGCAGAGUUGUGACUCCAAAGACAACCUCGAAAGGCAGUCCAGUGACAGCUUGCAUUUAAAAGUGCCCAUGCUGGGUAACCGCAUCCUGCCUGUGCCCAGAAUCUCAGCCCCCAGCAGCCCCCCGGCGUCCCCACUGCUGCCCCGUGGCCGCUCCUCCAGUGUGCACACACACCAGCAGGUGUACAGCCAGCACAGCAUCUCCAGCCGGCCCUCUAGCCAGGCCAGCAGCAGCAGCAAUUGCGCCAGCCCGGGCAACUCCAUGUUCGACUCCAUGGACCCGGCAGACGAGGAGGUUCGCCACAUUAACAGUUCUGCCAAAGACUGGGCCGGAGGCCAGCCUGAGGUCCGCAGCCACUCCCUUUCUCCCUACGCCACCCCCACUGGCCAGCUCCCCAUCCCGCUGAAGAACUGUAGCAGUGCCACCAAUCUUCUGGGCCCUGGCAGCAAGGAGAAGGACCUGAAGAAGUUCUACAGCGUGGACGCCGAGGGCUUCUUGGCUAAGCCCUCCUGGGCCAAUGACCCCCGUCGGCACUCCAUUGAGAUCUGCCCUUCCAUUGACGAUGACCCAGUCUUUGAGCUACCAGUGGAGGAGCAGAGGCAACCCUCCCUACGUGGAGUAUCUGUGUCCCCUGGACACCUGUCUGUGCACAGGAAGAAGAAGAUGAGCCCUCCCUGCAUCUCCAUAGAGCCACCCCUGGAUGCUGAGCUCUCGGGUCCAGUGUCGCCCCUCACCAAAAUCUCUGAGAGCAGCAUGCUACUGCGUAGAAGGACACCCUCCUGCGAGGCCACCAUGCAGCGUGACUCCCUGGACAUGAUGGAGCCCCCACCACCACCACCCCUCGCUGACCCACCAACAAAACUGGAGAGACGCCCCAUGUGCCGCAAUGAACACCUGUCCAUUCCUCAGUUCUCAUUUGACCAAUCGGACUUGAGCUCUUUGAGCAGUAUGUCAGAUAUCCUGUCAGACAGUGACCAAUCUACUCACUCCUCCUUUGACACCAAACUGGAGGGCAUGGCUAGCACAGAGCUAAGUAAACUAGAUCAUCUACAGAUUCAUUCAAAUGAAGCUCUGGAGGGCAGCAGUCCCACCUUGCUCAGCGUCUCCAGGAGCCCCUUGAGGAAGAGAGGGCUGAUACGCAUGGCAAGCACAAGGGAGGAGGACGUUGAGGAUUCAGUUGUAUAGCCAAAGUGUUUGAGGCAAAGUAUUUGGCCUCCAGUGGAGUAAGCCCACAACUAUUGGCCACAGCAGACCACUGGACCCUGAAGCUUCUUUCAUAAAAAACCCAGGAGUCAGGUUUUCUACAUGGGAUAUGCAAUUUCAGUCUUUCAAAUGGAACACUACAUUUUAUGCCCCUAGCUCAAUCACAUUGAUUCGGGUUUUGGAUGUUUAUUGUAUUUAAUAAAAUGGAUUUGUUUGUUUGACAUCCACUUUCUUAUUGGCACUGUAUUGUGUGAAAGCACAGUAUGGUAAGGUGCAUUAAUAGAUAACAACUGUACAUUUGAUGUAUAUCUUGUAGUGUAAAUAGUGGGAAAUAUUGUAUUAGUUUAAAAAAUAGCUGUAUUAAUAUGCACAUAUUUUUAUAGAGAUCUGUAAUGUUUUGCACACAUCAAUUUAAAUUACAAGUUGGCUGGUGUUUUAUUGUCUUCUUGUGAAUGUAUAGUUUUUGUUUUAACAGCAGCUCGUUCAAUUGUAGCCUGCCUACACAACCUACUGAUACAUAGUGAAAUUUAUUUUUAUUUUUUUACUGGGGGGAUGGGCAUGGAGUGUGUCAAUUGAGGUAAUCCAAUAAGAACCAAACUACAAAUUAACUGUAGCCUGUGUGCAAUAAAUGAGGUUCAGGGUUGGAUUUAUGAAAAAUGUUGUCAAUAUAUCAUGACAUUACUGUACCAUAAUGAUUGCAGUUAUUGGAAUAAUGACCAACAUUUUCAAGAGAACUAAUGUUGCUGAGAAGAGUUCUUGAAUAAUGUGUUCAGUGUCAUCAUCAUUGCAUAUUUUGAAAUUAGAUGUAUAUUGUUCAAAUGAGCUCAACUUGCUUUUAGACCUUAAUUAAUCACUUAUGGUCCUUGUCCACUCUCUGCAGUGUUUCUAGUUUUUUGGACAGAAGAGCAAGACAUCAUUUUGUGGUCUUACUUCAGAUGGAAGUGUGGAACUCUUUGAACUGAAGAGAAUGAAUGUUUAAAGGGCUUUAUGAUCUAUAAUUAUUAUACACCGAUAUUGAAAGAUAUCUUGAUUUAUCCCUAGAAGGAGAGCUAGUGUAGUUAAACCCAAAAACAGUCUUUUUUAAGGGAACAUGGUUUCAUGGACUUCCCUCCUAACCAGAAUUGUCAACCUUGUUAUGGUGCCUUUUGAUUCUACUUCUGUAAUAUUAUCAGGUUGUGAUUCAGUGGCCGAUAUAUAUACAAUAUAAUUAAUAUUUGGCUCCAUUAUAACCAGGACAUGAACUUGUCGUGUUCUCUCAUUCAGAGUAAUUGUUAUGGGUUUAUACAAAACACAAAGGCUCAUGUGUGACACAGUUGUUUGGAAAUAGUCAUAUAGGAUUUGUGGACUCAGGAUAGUGGAAAAUAAUUAUUAUAUGUAAUGAAGCUGCUGCAUGAUUAUGGUAUUCAAGGUGACAACCUUCUUUGUCUUAUACCCUAUGUAUUUUGAGGUCAGUGACUGAAGGUCAAAUGAAUGAAAAGCAUUUUUAAACGCAGUGGCGUUUAGAGAAUUGUAUUCUUAUGGGAAUCCGCCUUUUCCACAAAAACUGAUUAUUUCUAUUUAUAGUGUAGCAGCCUUUACUAAACCCAUACCUUAGUCUUAAAUAGAAAAGAUAAUAAUGACUCUUGUGUAAUGAUCAGGUGACUCUGCAAUAAUUUCACAAAUAUAGUAAAUGGGAAGUGAACGGGGAUUUUUGAAGUCGCAUUAAAAAUUGUAUUUUUACAUUUAAAUUAUUACUUAUUAUUAGGUAACAAUUUAAGAUGUGUUCUAAGUAAUUUUCACUGUGUUCGGAAGAUAAAGUGGUUUGUUUCAGAGCACAGUUGUCAAUUUGUUUUGUCAAAACGAGUCCACAUUGAGACUUGACAUACACACCAACUGAGAACUCUGCAUGAAUAUGAUAGCGCCAGAAGCUAAAUAUUUUAUUUUGAAACAGUGAACCACAUGCAUGAGCAAUAUGCUAUUUUAUCAACGGUCUUCUCAUAGCUUGUGAUCUUUUAUAUGUUUUUAUUAACAUUCCUCCAAACAUACAAAAAUCAACACAGUCACUAUACUCUGCCUACAGUAGAGUAGUUACAACACUUCAGUGUAUGAAAAGUGAUAAUGAAUAUUAGGCAAGUUUUUUGUCUAUGAUGGUGCAGAUGACAAAGAACCUGACAGAUGGCUUAGAGCUCAGGGGCUUCAUUUAUAAAUGGUCUUGCGAGCAAAUUGUUUCUUAAAUUGUGACUUACACAGCAAAGCAUGACUAUUUGUUUAUAAAAUCUCACUUUGAUGUGGAUAUGAUCGUAUCUCUAUGUAAAGUUUAUACUAGAUGUGAGUUAAUUUGUUAUGGUUAUGGAGAUACUGCAUGUUUGAGGGCUGCACGUGAAUACCCGAAGUGAUCUGUGUGCACGCUUCAAGAAUACAAUUUAACUGAAUAUCAAUUUUAGGCAUGAAGAGUGCAAGAAUCAUGAUCAAUCCCAGGUGUGUUUUAUUUAAGACAUGAUGUCUUAUAAAUAGUGUGCUACGUGAGAAAAGCUAUUCAGUCAUGGCUGCAUUAUUCAGUAUUGGAGUUCAAAAUGAAGUUCAUUUGAUUUAAAUAUGAGAAGUACAUAAGAUACUGAUACGCCACUUUAAACUAACAAAACAACUUUAUUUGGUCUCAGCUAUGUUUAAAAAUCAAGCACAAGCACAACUUGAGAAAUUACCUCAAGAUUACAUUUAAAUUUAAAUCCAAGAUCAUUUUUAUAAAUGAGGCCCUUGCAAAGCUCAGUAAGCUAUGAUUUCAGAACAUUUAGACAUUAUUUGCCCAUCUAGAUCUCAAUUUAAUUUUGGCCAAACUUUUACUUUAAUACAAGGUUUGGUCUUGAUGGCUCACUGUAAUUGAAAAUGGCUUCAAGAGCCCCAUGUGUUGUAUUAUCUAUUGGAAAUGUAAGUUGUCAGUAUAAAACCACUCAGGUCUUUACCAUUCAUCUUAAAUCACUACAUCAAUGAUGUAAAAUCAGUAUCAAAAUCAUUGAAUUGUAUUUACAAACUUUUCUCUGCUGCUAUAUAUUGCUCAAGAAUAUAUUGCUCAUUAAUUCAAGCAAUUAGGCCUAAUUAACCUUACAAAUUAAAUUGCUGAAUGUUUCUCAUGGU